UCCAAUGGAGUAUUAACGGCUCGCUGCGCAGUGUUAGACUGUACUGGUACAGCUUUAUCCACAAUACAGGUACCACUGUAUUUUCAUCUGUACUGGGCAACAGUAAGCUGUUUCUCUUUUCUUUAAACACCCCACACAAACCAGCCAUGCCUAAACGGAGACAUGAACCAGGAGUCUCAAUGCCCAGGAGGAGGUCUCCAAGGUUGAAAGAUAAACCUGAAAAUGCAAAGGCAAAGGCAGAGGCCAAACCUAAGCCAAAGAAGGGACCUGCUAAGCCUAAGAAAGCUAAGGACGUGGAGAAAGCCAAGCCUGAUGAGAAGGCACCAGACACCCCUGCUGAGAAUGGCGAAGCCAAAGCUGAGGAAGAGACACCAGCUACAGAUGCAACUGAACAAAAAGAUGAAGCGGCAGAAUAACGUUUCUCCAACCACAUCUUUUACCAGUGCUCCCUGUACCUCUUUUCUUGUACAAUUCAGGGGAAUAUUUUUAUCAACUAUUUUCUAAAUACAGGUUUUUUAGUAGUUUGAUUGUAGAGAACACUUUUUUUUAAUUAAAGAAAAAAAGUCAAUUUGGAGACGGGAAUUUUCAUCACAUCCCUCAAUUUUGCAUCGCCGUAGAAUUUGCGGUCAUUGUUGUCACUGUCAGUGGAUUUCAUUUUGAGUUUAAAAUGUGAAUUUUUGGGGGGGGGGGGGGGGGCAGGACAGGUUACCUUGUCAAUGUGCCAGCACAGCAUUCACAGAAGCUGGGGCAACAACCGGAAGAGCUUGUCUGUGUGGAUUACAUUCCAUAUGUUUUUAACUGUGUGUAAUCUGUGCUGGGGUGGGAAUGGACAAAGUCACAGGGCAACUCGUUGUUUUAUUGUUUAUAAUAAAGACCAGUGUUUUAGAAUGUUUUAGAACUUUGUUCCUGUAUGUUAACUCUUGUACUCAUGCAGUUUUCUUAAUGAAUCAGAUCAAUAAAGCUAAAAUCCCUAGUACUGGAGCUCUCUUUAUCAGAACAGUGCGUCACGUGUAUUAGUUGUGUCUCUGUUCUGUGAUAGCAUCUAAAUAAAUUUGUAUAGCUGCUGUGUAAAGGGGGUUCAAUCUCUAUAUUCAGUGUGUAAUGGUACAUUGUACAACUGUUGAGAAUGGCCUCUUAAAGACCAACAGACAAACUACAUUUAUUUGAGAUGUCAAAUGCAUACCAACGGUAGCAAUAUUCAUGUGGGUAUUAGAUUUCUGUAUCAAGUACAAGUGUGCAGUUAAUUUGGAUUUGUUUAUAGAUGUACCUGUGUAAUGAUUGUUAUCAACAAACCAAUAAAACUUGGUUGGUAGGUGUUA